AUGGAGCUUUCGCCACCGAGCAACAGCCUCUUCUUUCUCCACGCUCUCACACUCACAACUCUUCUUCUCACAAUCCUCCUACCUCCCGCCGCCGCCGUCGAACCCACCACGACGGAUGAUUUCGUCGAGAAAUCGUGCGCCUCCGCCACCCGCUACCCCGACCUCUGCGUCGCCACGCUGUCCCCUCACGCCUCCGCCAUCCAAACCAGCCCCAAGCUGCUGGCCACCGCCGCUCUCUCCGUCGCGCUGGCCGCCGCCCGGUCCGCAUCCAAGUCCCUGCAGUCCGAAACGGCGGCGUACAGGAGGAUGGUGGGGUCGACCGUGACGAUGAGUCCAGGAGAGGCUGCCGCGUGGCGGGACUGCAGGAGCCUGGUGAGGGACUCGGUUGACCAGCUCCGGAGAUCGGUCAAGGAGAUGGGUGGCGACGAAAAGACGGCGAUGAUGACUAGGUUCCAGCUCAGCAACGUGCAGACGUGGGCCAGCGCGGCCAUGACGGAUUUGGACACGUGUACGGAUGGAUUGUCCGGUGAGGGCGUGGAUGGGGAGGUGAAGAGGAGGCUGAUGGAGAGCGGGGUUGUGGAUGUUGGCCACAUGAUUAGUAACGCUUUGGCUUUCGUUAAUCAGUAUGGUGAUGGGAUUAAUUAA